AUGCCACGUACUCGUGGACCAGGCCAGCGUGGCCCUCAAGCACGCCAGCCUCCCCAAGGACGCCGCCACGUUACUUGGGACCUCUCCGACAAUCGUGCGACUGGCAAUGCCGCUCGUCGUCGCCGCACCCCCAACGUUUUCUUGAACACCAGCCUGGAAGAAGAGGAUCCAACCCCUGCACCACCUCCAUCUCCCGAGGGACCGCAGCUCACAGAAGAAGAAAUCGAGGCUAUCGAGCGCCUAGAAGACGCCUUGGAGGAGCAUGCUGAGAUGAUGGAACUCCAGGAGGCGGAAAAAGCCCGAGACAAGAAGGCCAACGACCGCAUCGAUGCAAUCGACGACGAUCGUCGGGAGCACCACAAGAUGAAGCAACCUCUGCUCGCUGAAUUUUCUAAGGCUUGUGAACAGUGGAAAAAAGCAGACCCUACUGAGGCCGAGACGUUCAGAAUAUACUGCAAUGAAGUGGUGUGCGCAGCGACUGAACCAGUCCGCAUGUACGACAUGCUCAGCUGGUAUCCAAAGACACCGAAGGCUGUAUCUGAAGCCAUCCACAGCCUACAGGUGUUCCACCACGAACAGGUCGACUUCACCUACAAGAUGCGUCUACUUGAGGAACACCACUACGGCGGAGCUGUUCCCGGUCACAACCUCCACCCGGAGGUGUAUCAUGCCUCUCGUCGGGACCGAGCGGGGAAGAAGAAUGGCGAAGGAGACUUUCAGACAUUCGGCUUCGAUCUAAAGCACCGCGAUCUUGCUGAGCUUGAAGAAUACUUCGACGCAUGGACAGACAUCGACGCGCCGGGUCUCGAGCAAGCUCGCAUCCGACGAAUUGUUGCAAAUUUCCGUGUCCGUCGAACGCUCUUAGAAGGCACUGAACCAGGCGCCCACCACAAAGACCGCCGUCGUCCACGUUUCGAUCCUCUUGGUUUGAUCAAGUUCUGCGACACUGCGGAGUGGGACUUGAUGGAUUGGUCGCUACAAGCUCUGGGUCGUAUGAGAUACAAGCUUCAGCCAGUCUACGAGCAGCUACAAGACCGUAACAUCAUGAAGUUGCUUGACCUCACCAUCACAGAGAUCCUCGAGUAUCUUCCAAAGCUCGACAAGAUCGAACUCCUCGAAACCCGAAUGGUUAUCGACACGACCUUUGCCAACAGCUUCGCUCCACUGUGGCAAGUAAAGGCCACCAUGGAGCUGCCUGGUGCACCCGCUCAGGCUCGAGACGCCUUCUUGCAGCAGAAGGACAACAUCUGGAGAAUGGCCCUGCACUUCGACAAGUUCGAGCGGACUCACGGUGAUACGAUCCUUGACCAUGAAUGGCGGCGGAUGGUGCACGCCAAUAGCGACCUCAUUGGCACUCGACCUCCUCCCGCUUUUUGGACGAUGGACGACGACGAAUACAUUCGUCGCAGUGGUCACCCAGACGAAGACUGGCCACCAACCGAAGACGAGAGCGAGGAUGCGGAUGAGAUGGACGAGGCGGCAUAA